GCGAGAACCGAUCUUCAGAUAGAGUCGGCGAAUAGAAACCGUGUUACUCGCCGCCAUUGUGGUACUCAGCUGGCUUGCUUCCGCACCAAAACCAGAGUCAGCUUAGCACCGUGUCGCUGGCAGUGCUACGAUGUGCCAGUGGUGACAGUAGUUCUCGUAGUACCAGUUACGGUGGUGAGCAACUUGGAAGUGCUCCAGUUCCAGGAAAUCUGCAGGCGUCAAUCAAGCUCUCCGCACCUGCGAUUUCACCGAUCAUCACUUAUUUCCUACCCGCAACUUAUUAUUGCCAGCCCACCCGGCCAGCCUGCGCCAGAGUGCAGUGUCGCUACUACUUCACAGAUCAAUUAAUUCCACUCUUCCUUCGUCCUGCUCCAGAAGAGGCGCAGUUGAAGCAGGGGCUAUAGUACUGGAGUGCUCUCCAACUGCACGCUUCGUCUCUUGUUGUCUGGUUCCCUCUUCUCAUGCCUGCAGCGAACCACAGCGUCCCGGAGCAGGCUUGGUGAGCCGCCGCUGAUCCCUCCCCGGAUACCCACGAUGAGCCACGGGUACCAGAACGAGCUCAAGGCUCAGGGCGCCAUUGAGGCAGCACAGGAUCCCAGCAAUAAUGUUUCUGCCGACGAUGCGGAGCGAGUGCUCAUAGCAGAGAGCCAGAAGGCGGGCUCGACAGCGUUCCAUUUCAACCCGGAUGCCUCGCCUGAGGAGAAGGCCGCGCAAGCCAGAGCAAGUGCCAAUGAUACACACCGUGCUCCCAAGGGUAUCGGAAUCGCGACAGAUUUGGACGAUGGUAACCCGGAAUAUGACCUUCCGCCCCCGGAACCGUUGGCUGUAGCGGAGGCGUCCAAAGCAGAUGGAGACACCGCCAAAGGGCCUAAUGGUGCACCGCCGGAAGAAGAAGAGGACUGGACGAAAGUCGGAUGGGCACCGCGAUUCGGCAGUGGUGAAACGGAAGAAGACCGAGAUGGUGGAAACCUACUUGACCAUCAGACUCUACUGGAAGGAAAGCUGGAUGAGAAGUUCUAUGGCGAUUGGUACCACAAUGCCGCGGUCAUAAUUUUUGCUUGUCUGGCAUCAUGGCUGGUUGCGGUCUUUGGUGGUGGCUUAGGAUGGGUCUUCAUCAUCAUGGCCACCUGCGGAACGUACUAUCGGACCUCAAUCAGACGUGUGAGACGCAACUUCAGAGACGACAUCACCCGUGAGCUCGCAAAGGCCCGUCUCGAGACCGACACCGAAAGUUUGGAAUGGAUGAAUAGUUUUCUGGUCAAAUUUUGGCCCAUCUACGCUCCACAACUUGCAAAGGCUAUCGUCCAGUCGGUCGACCAGGUUCUCAGCACGUCGACCCCCGCGUUCCUAGACAGCAUGAGGCUCGAGACGUUCAUUCUAGGCACCAAGCCUCCCCGCCUGGACCACGUCAAGACCUAUCCGAAAUCUGAAGACGACAUUGUCAUGAUGGACUGGAAGUUUAGCUUUACGCCCACCGAUACAAUGGAUAUGACGGUCCGGCAGCUCAAAAACAAGAUCAACCCAAAGGUAGUCCUGGAAAUCCGCAUUGGCAAAGGUGUGGUUAGCAAGGCCAUGAAGGUCAUCGUCGAAGACUUUGAAUUCUCGGGGCUGAUGCGGGUACGGAUGAAGCUGCAAAUCCCGUUUCCUCAUAUCGAACGAGUCGAUAUCUCUUUCCUGGAACGGCCGGAGAUUGACUACGUUUGCAAGCCUAUCGGAGGGGAGACAUUUGGAUUCGACAUCAACUUCAUCCCCGGACUCGAAAGCUUUAUUAAAGAACAGAUCCACGGAAACCUUGCACCUAUCAUGUACGCUCCAAAUGUCUUUCCCAUCGAGGUCGCCAAGCUGUUGUCUGGUAACCCAAUCGACCUGGCAAUCGGCGUCGUGGCUGUUACAAUCUACAACGCUCAUGGGCUCAAGAACCCCGACAAGUUCUCCGGUACGCCAGAUCCAUAUGUCGUUGUUUCACUGAAUAGUGCAAAGGAGCUGGCACGAACUAAAACGAUUCACGGCGACCACAAUCCGCGAUGGAACGAAACACUUUACAUUAUCAUUACCAACUACACAGACGCGCUUACCCUACAGGUAUAUGAUUACAAUGAUGUUCGCAAGGACAAACAUCUCGGCACGGCAACAUUUGCCCUGGACCAACUUGAGACCGCUUCUGAGCAUGAAGGUCUGUCUCUCAGCGUCCUGGCCAAUGGCAAACCUCGAGGUGUGAUUCAAGCAGAUGUCCGUUUCUUCCCUGUCUUGGAAUCUGAGAAACUCCCGACUGGCGAAAUCUUGCCACCUCCCGAAUCCAACACUGGCAUCGCUCGUAUCACUGUCGAGCAAGCCAAGGACCUCGACCCCAGCAAGAGUAUGGUUGGAGCUCUAGAUCCUUAUGCCGUGCUAUUGUUGAAUGGCAAGGAAGUCCACAUAACCAACAAGCUCAAGCACACUAACAACCCCGUGUUUUCUGAUAACACAAAAUCCGUGCUUAUCACUGACCGGAAGAAGGCGAGGAUCGGAUUGGUGAUCAAGGAUAGUCGAGGACUCGCCACUGAUCCAAUCAUAGGCAGUUACCAGAUCAAGCUGGAUGAUCUACUGAAACUCGUGGACAAAGGCCAGGAGUGGUUCAACUUGCACGGAGCCAAGACUGGCAAGGUCAAAUUAAUGGUUGAAUGGAAGCCGGUUGAGCUGAAGGGCGUUACCGGAUCCGGAGGCUACAUCACUCCCAUCGGCGUGAUGCGUAUUCACGUCAAGAGCGCCCACAACCUCCGAAACUUCGAGACUCUGGGCAAAUCAGAUCCGUACGCCAGAGUGCUGCUAUCAGGAAUCCCAAAAGGCCGCACAGUCACAUUCCAGAACGAGUUAAACCCCCAGUGGGACGAAGUCAUCUAUGUUCCCGUCCACUCGCCAUCUGAAAGGCUCAUCCUGGAGGUCAUGGACGAGGAGAAGCUCGGAAAGGACCGUUCUUUGGGCCUGGUACAGUUUCCGGCCUCGGACUACAUCAGAGAGAGCGAUGAAGGUGGGUACGAAGUUAAUGACGAAAAGACACCUCUUUCUGAGGGAUUACGGCUUGGGGGAGUUGGUGAAUCAAAGGGCACCGUUGAGUACACCGUUGCCUUCUACCCGACCUACAAUGUGAUCGACCCCGAGGAAGAAGAGGAAGAGCGUAAAGCUCAGGCCGCAAUCGAUGGUCCUGGAAGUCCGCCUGGGACACCUUCCCAACCUUCCCAUAGCAAGAAGUCGUCAGUUGACGUCAAAGGCUCUGUCGAUAUACCUCGGGACAGCACCGACCUCCGGAAGAGCCUCGAUACAGUUGGCAGGCUGGGCGGUCAAGCCAACGGAGCCCCCUCUAUCAACAGUUCAGUUGUUUCUGCUCCAGCGAAACAAGCGCCAAAGAUCAGGAUAACAGCAGAGGAUCUCAGUAAAUAUGAAUCCGGACUCCUGGUUUUCAAUCUUGUUGAAGGGCACUUCUCUACCACAGACGUUCACCUCGAGGUGCUGAUGGAUGACCAUGCAUUUCCCGCUUACAGCUCGUCCAAGAUUCGACAACGAGACCAUCAUUUUGGCGAAACUGGCGAUGCCAUGGUCCGCGAAAUCGAAAUGUCUCGAAUUACUCUACGGCUCACAGAGAAAGCAGACAAGACUGGAAAGCAGGACGAGGAUAAUAUCGUUGCCAAGCUGACCGGUCCAACCCUCACCACCCUCCAGCAAUGUCUGUAUAAGCCCACUGAGCUCACACUGCGAAGCAACAAUGGGGCAGUAAACAAGGUCGUCGUUAUCCUGAAGUAUUUGCCUGUCAAGAUGCAGCUCGAUCCAAGCGAGAGCAUCAAUAACAUGGGUACCUUGCGAGUGGACGUGUUGGACGCGGCUGAUCUGCCAUCCGCGGACCGGAACGGAUACAGUGAUCCAUAUUGCCGAUUCAGACUUAACGGCAAGGAAGUGUACAAGACCAAAACCCAGAAGAAGACUCUCCACCCGGCUUGGAAUGAAUUUUUUGAAGUGGCAGUGCCUUCGAGAACGGCCGCCGAUUUCAAGGUUGACGUGUAUGACUGGGACUUUGGCGACAAGGCUGAUCACCUGGGCUCGGCGCAGAUCAAUCUGCAGGUCCUCGAACCUUUCCAACCUCAGGAACUACGCUACACUCUAGAUGGGAAGUCAGGGGUUCUCCGACUUAGAUUGUUGUUCAAGCCCGAUUACAUUGUCCGGUCCCGACAGGGAACCUCAACCUUCUCCGGGACCUUUGCGCCAGCUGGCAAGGUGAUUGGCGCGCCCGUCAAAGGGGUUGGCAAAGUGGGCGGCGGAGUGGUGAAAGGAGCAUCUUUCAUCAAGCGCGGCCUGACCGGCCGAGGAAGCAAGGAAGAAGCGCCGUCUAGUGUUGAUGGAGCCGUGGCGACAGAUGAUGGGACCUUGACGCCAACAACUUCGACGCCGGCCAAAGCUCCUGCCUUGGUGGAUGGGACCGCAUCUCCCGCGACGCCUUCAAGCUUCAUGCAUAACCGCACCAAGAGCAGUCACUCGACGGCAACGAGCACCCCGCGAGGGGGAGAGACGGGUACGGCAAGUUUCAUUAUUGUCUCAGCUAGUGGAUAUCCUCCUGGAGCGGAUGUCCGGGUUCACGUCAAGAUGCUGGGCUCUAAAGGAGCGAAGGAGUUGUACAAGACCAAAGCCAUCAAGUCGAGCACGGGAGUUGUUGAGUACGAUACCAGCCAUGAGAAUUUCAAGGUUGCGUGCUCGGCAGACACACAAUUCCAGAUUGUGGUCAAGGAUCAGGACACUUUCCGCUCUCGAGAUCUGGGCGAAGGCUUCUUCUUCGUGUCUGAUCAGGGAGGCGGUUCCGAACAGACUGUCAAGGCUGGGUCUGGAUUGGUCACGAUUCGAAGCAGCUUUACACCGAACGACGUCGGAGCAACCGACGGCCUCAAGCCCUCCAGCAGUGGGCGAGAUAGUCCAGAUUCAAGGCGAGAGGGACGACGAAGUUUCUUUGGACGGAGGGAUGUGAGUGGUAGACAUGAUGCUUGAUCAGGAAAGCAUACUAUCUAAAACUUGAAGGGGAGGGUGGCUAUCUUUCAUCAUGGGCAUUGAAUCCUGGGGCAGAGGAGACCGGUGCAAGGCUCGUCGCCUUGUGCCUUGAGACGUUGUUCAAGCUCAAGUUUAUGCUGUUGGCUGCAGUGAUACCAAGACAUAUCCUUCGAGCUGGUUGGGGAAUGAAGGGUUGGCUGAUGCUACUAGUAAUGGAUAUUAUUACACCGCCUGAUACUGAGUCAACGAAACCCGGUAUGGGGUAUAGUAUCCGUGGUAUCCCAAAGGUGCGCCUACAGUGCCUCCAUGAAGACUGACAAAGGCAUCGAACCUGUCCGGGGUAGCAAGGCAGUGCUGGACCUUUUGUGUCUUUGAGAGUGCUAUACAACUGUACAAUGUUGUAUAAUUUAAAUUUGUGAUGGUGGCGGUUUGGUUCCGACCUUCUCAGCCAGAUGGUGCGAUGCUGUGGGCGGGCAAUGAAUUUAGCACGAUGAUGGGGGCGGUUUGGCACUAAUUAAAUUAGUGGGAGCAGCGGUGGGAGAGCAGGUUCCAGAACGCUGUCUCACCAGAUCGAACACGAAAGUCACACCGGUUUAUUGAUCCACCACACUUCAAUAUCACACUGGCACUGACCAGGGGGCGUUGACAGAAGGAGAGAGAUAUUUAAUUGCUGAAAGCCACAUUGGAAUAUCUUGCAGAUGUUACUCUAGGGCACUUCAAGUUGAUUUUUUAUUUGCUACAAUGUUACUCUAGGGCACUUCAAGUUGAUUUUUUAUUUGCUUGUACUGUGUACCAUCAAGUUGAACUGCCUGCGGCUCUCUCAACUGUAUCGUCGACCGCUCAUUUGUGUUCCCAGGUUCCAGUCGAGGCGUGUCCACCGGGGUCCAUGUCAUUCGCCGGAAGGGGCUGGAGCUGCGCAGAAACGACAUCACAGGUUUGAGGGCAGUGACUUCCGCCCGCCAAUGACGCCUCAUGCCACGGAUUUCCACUGCGCCGAUCUGACGUCGUCGCUGUCCACUGCACCUUGAACUGCCAGUGCCACUGCCAGUGGACUGCAGUGUAACAGUAACAGAACAGAAGAAAAAGCGACAGGGACAGGCAGAUGCACAUGCAGGACUCGACCAGGAGCAGCACCGAAGGUCCUACUAGCAGUAGCAGGGGCAACAGCAGUGGCAGAGCUGGUUCAUCGGUGAAUGCAUUUCCACCGUCAACCACUGGCACACUUCAAAAUCGAAGUGGCUGAUCGAGAGCUACCGAGCAUCACACCGAUGAUACAAUAAAAUGGUUAGAAUCGUCGCUGUCGGCUCCUCUCCUCGGACCGC